AUGGGUCUAUUUGGAAGCAAUUAUGAAGAAAAUGGGAUUUGGGCCAAGACAGGUGGGUUUGAUGAUGCAGAGUGGAGGAAUGUAGCAGAUAUCUUGGAUCAAUAUCGAGCAGCUUCUGGUCAAAGUCUCAAUUUGCAAAAAACAAGUAUGUUAAAUACUAAGUUAGAUAUCAAGGAUCAGAUUGUAAGAGAGUUAGGAGCUAGGGUGAGUAGGGAUGCUGAGAAGUAUCUAGGGCUUCCAUCAAUGGUUGGGAAGUCAAAAUCUAAAGCCUUUAGGGAGAUAAAGGAGAAGGUGUGGAGUAAAUUGCAAAACUGGAAGAACAAUUUUCUUAGACAAGCUGGCAAAGAGAUCUUUACCAAAGCAGUGAUUCAAGCCAUACUGACAUAUACCAUGAGUGUUUUCAAGCUUCCAAAGAAGUUAUGUAAAGAAAUUUCUGAUAUAAUGGUCAGGUUCUGGUGA